UGGGGGCGUGGAGCGCGGGAGGGCGGGCUUCUCCGCCAGCCUCACAGCACCCGGAGCGCACUGGCCUCCUGAGAAGGGCGCAUUGCGCGCAGCCCGGAGCCCGCAGCCGGCCGUCGUCUGCCCUGGUGCCCUGGGCGGCUGCCGGGUUCCUGGAGAGCGCGUCCAGCCAUGGAGCCUUUGCACAAAGACGCUGAGACGGCGGCGGCGGCGGCGGCAGUGGCAGCGGCAGAUCCCCGGGGGGCAUCGUCGUCCAGUGGGGUGGUCGUGCAGGUUCGCGAGAAGAAGGGACCCCUGCGUGCCGCCAUCCCCUACAUGCCCUUCCCGGUGGCUGUCAUCUGUCUCUUCCUCAACACUUUCGUGCCGGGAUUGGGAACAUUCGUCUCGGCCUUCACUGUGCUGUGUGGGGCACGCACCGACCUCCCGGACAGGCACGUGUGCUGCGUCUUCUGGCUGAAUAUCGCCGCGGCCCUCAUUCAGGUGCUCACGGCCAUCGUCAUGGUGGGCUGGAUCAUGAGCAUCUUCUGGGGCAUGGAUAUGGUCAUCCUUGCCAUCUCCCAAGGGUACAAGGAUCAGGCUAUCCCACAACAGCUGUGAGCUUACAGGACCUGCCGGGAAAGUCCAGGGUCCCGUGAGGGCUGCGCCAGGAGGCUCCGGGCACAAGGACCUUCACAUAUUCUCUUCUGCCAUUUCUCAGAUUGGAGUAGAGAGGGAGUACUUACAAAAUAUUAUUUAUUUUGGAAAACACACCUGCUUUUCUUAGCAGGCUCCGAGGCUGACUUCUCUCCCUGUCCCAGAGUGCACGGGAGGAACAGGCGGAGAGCAUCGGGACUGGGUUAGAGGCGGGAUAGCGACCCGGUGCAAGGGAUGCUGGGUAUGCUUAUUUACCUGCAUACUGAACAGGCACCCGGACCUGCCAGGCUGGGCUGCUGUAGGUCCCGUGCAGGUGACCAGUCACUCUCCCAGGCGUCGGGACUUCAUGGAACACUUACUUCCUCUGUGUCCUCACGCCCUGCUCAACCAUGUGGUUCCCUGUGUUUGCUCUGUGGUCUCCCAGGGAGUGUAUCAGAGUCGGGGUUGCCAGUGUGGAAAGGCCAGGUGAUAGCCCAGUGUGGAAAAGUCCUUGGGUGCCCCUCUCCCCCCAUGAAAUCUGUUGAUACCCCAGCGUUUGAGUUGCUGGGUGUGUAUGUGACUUUGUGACCUGCCUUGGGGGUGGCAUCCACUCCACUUCUGGGGUGUCACUGCUAGUAUUCGGAUGUUUAUGUGCAAAAUGACCAGACUGAGUUAUGAAUGGCUGCAGACCAGCAGCCUUCUUGGAAACAUUUAUUACCGUGUCUGGUCCCUCGCCGUCUCUGGAUCCCCUCUCCCUUUUUUUCUGAUAUCCACGUGUUUCUGAAUCCAGAUGGUUUGUUUUGAGGAAGAGGAUGGCAUCCAUUCAUUAGUGUUUCCUGACAUCCCAGCGGAGUCUGGGCUCUCCCCACCCCCAACGCCACACAUGUGGAUAUCACCAGAGAACCCUGUGAACGGUCAGAUGUGUUGAGACUCAAGUCCUGAGGGACAUUGGAGACUGGACUGCACUUGAACCGUGAGACCUGCAGAGUGACAUCAUGAAGUUGGGGACUUUGACCUGAAAUUCAAACUUGCUGCAAGAAGACAGUUGUCGGCAUGGCGGUACCCCCUUUAAGCAGCAAACCUGGGACUGAUCAGUACAGAGCUUGAUCCUUACUAGGCAGAGAAAGCAACAGAAAGUGUGAAGGCACCCAUCUGAAAUUAAGAGAAAGGCGGACCCAAACUGAUGGCAGUGGGGUGGCUAAUUAUAUCUCUCUCCAUUCUCAUUCUAACGUAGGAAGCGCUAACAUGUGGGACAGGCCCAGGGCUCAGUUCCCGGUCACACUGGCCUUGAGCCACCAGUGAGUCCCUCUUGGAGAAUCUCUUAUCAUCUGCCUGAGGCUCUGUCGAAGUGUGGAAAGGAGCCGUCCACUUUCUGCCUUGGCGGAUGGAGGCUCUUGAAAAGCAGCUCCCGUUUCACUGGGGUUCCGGCCUCCUGCCAGUCUUCUUAAUUGCAGUCCUUGGAAGCCGGCCCCCAACUGGACAGCUCCUGACAUCAGGAAGAGAUAUUGUAGUCCCAUGAAGUACUCACUCCUGGCCCUGACUCUGGGCUGGCUUGCCUCUCCUAUCCUGUGUCUACCCAUGAGUUUCUUCCAUGGCUGUGUGGGAUCCAGUUGUACCUUUGGAACGCCUGCCAGGGGCCCAUUUC